AUGAGCCUGAAGAAUACUGCUGCCGCUGCCACCAUGAGGGAAGGGCUCCGAGAACGGAAAUCUGCCCAGCCCAGCAGCACCCCGUCUUUGAGAAGAAGCAGUGAGGCUGAUACACCCCAGGACGACGACGGCGACGACGACGAUGAGGAGAAGGGACCCAAGUCUACGGUGAGCAAGACAAUUGGGAGAACUCCAGAUGGAUCUCUCUUUACGGUCCCUCAGACCCACGAUAUGGUCUCCCAACUACUGGACCCUCGACAACCCAAGAACCUUUCCGAUGCCAUUGUCCUGGCUGUCCUCGGUCUCCAUGUGCUCGCCCUAUACCUGCUACCUGCGUCCCUAGAGCGCCCAGUCUUUGCCAUUGUAUUCCUGUUCUGGAGGGGCUGCUACAACGUCGGAAUAGGAUAUCUCCUCCGCAUACAAUCCAACCACCGCCGACUGGUGGCAUGGGCCAAGAAAGCUAACCUCUUUGAAAACCCAAGCACCGGAAAGAAUCUGCGGCCUUGGCUAUACAAUCUGAUAAAGAGCGAGCUGGAGACCAAAAUCCCAGAGGACUAUAAGCUCGAAGAGGCUCCAAUCGAAUACAACACAUGGCUCGUUUUCCGUCGAGUUGUCGAUCUGAUCCUGAUGUGUGAUUUCACGUCGUAUUGUCUCUUUGCCAUUGCAUGUGGUAGGCGUCCCGAGGGCGAGGGCAUCAUCAUGUUCCUAGUGCGUUGGGUAGGCGGCAUUGCCCUGGUCGGCUUCAAUCUCUGGGUCAAACUCGAUGCCCACCGCGUUGUGAAAGACUACGCUUGGUACUGGGGGGACUUUUUUUACCUCAUUGACCAAGCUUUGACGUUUGAUGGUGUCUUCGAGAUGGCUCCUCAUCCCAUGUAUUCUGUCGGCUAUGCGGGGUAUUAUGGUAUCUCAGCAAUGGCUGCGAGCUACAACGUUCUCUUUAUCUCGAUCAUUGCACAUGCUGCCCAGUUCGCUUUCCUCGUAUACAUCGAGAAUCCUCACAUCGAUAAGACAUACAAUCCACCACCACCGCGAAAGCGAGAAGUCCAGCCAAGCCCGAGCGACAUCAACCUUGCGAACGCGACAGCCGCCCAGAAAGAAGGGAUUGAAGUGCCAGAGCAAGCUAAACUCCUGAAAGUAUCACCUGCCUUCGCGACAUCACCCCCGUCUGUUCACAACCUGGUAGGAAUCGGAAACAUUGACUUAUUCCGAAUCACAGACGUCUCGGUCCUCCUGCUCCAACUGUGCGUAAUCAUUAUCACGGCCGUCUCUCCCUCGACUCCUGUGUCUAGAGCAUUGUUCGUGCUCAAUGCUGUUCUAUGGCGUCUCUGGUAUACCGUUGGACUUGGUAUCAUUCUUGAUCGCCAGUCUAACGAUAAAAUCUGGACGCGGCAUUUCCUCAAAUUUGGUGAGGGCACAGAAGAAGCGUGGAGGCAAUGGAAGGGAAUCUAUCACAUGAGUAUGAACAUGUGUUGGGUAAGCUUCAUCGCCGCAACGUGGAAGAUGUACUCCUUGCCAGCGAGUUGGGUUGCUGACAAUACCUUGUUGAUGCACAUCAUUGGAUUCACCCUCGUUGCUCUCCAAGUAUGGACUGCUGUCAGCAUCUACCAAUCUCUAGGCGAGUUUGGAUGGUUUUUUGGAGACUUCUUCUUCGACCACGAUCGUAAACUCACGUACAGCGGAAUCUAUCGAUACCUAAAUAACCCUGAGCGUAUCAUUGGUCUGAUGGGUCUCUGGGGUGCAGUGUUCCUCACGAGAAGCACCUCUAUCUUCUUUCUGGCCCUCCUAAGCCACGUUCUCAGUCUUUGCUUCAUACAGCUCGUCGAGAAGCCGCAUAUGCAAAGGCUCUAUGGAAGACACCUACGACCCGAGGCGGGUCUGACCAAGAGUCUCCGAAGAUCGUUGCCGCCACCACUAAAGAAGUUCCAGGGGAGUGUCGAUAAAGUCUUGACCGAGACCAGUAAUUUUGUCGAGGAAUUCCUGGAUGCAGCCCGACCCAAACUCGCUGCGGGUGUCUCAACGAUAGUCAGAGAUACCUCUGCGCUGUUCAGCCAAUACCCAGCACGCAUAACGGUCACACGGUUGGCACCCGACCUGGCCGGGUUUAAUCCUAGGGACUAUUCGAUUGAGAUCGAGGGCACCGCAACAUCUGCUCUGGCUUUCAACGAACGAUCUACUGGGAAAGAAGGCCUCACAGGACGAUUCCCACGGGAGCGCACAGAUGAGUUUAAGCCGCUGAUCUUCGAAUACGGCGCCCCAAUCAGAGUUAAAUGGAGGGCUCCAAAGAACCACGGCAAAAGCGACUGGGUGGGUCUUUACAUGAUCGCCGACAACGCCUCCCGAGAAGUGACCCGUGUCUCAUCCGCCGGUCGAUGGGUCGCUACCGUCCCCCACGAGUACGAAGACUCGCCUGCAGACAGCGGCAUAAGAAUCACAGACCAGCCAGUCUCAGGCGUCAAGCGUGCUGACGGCACAACCUACGACUGUGUACAAGGGGAGAUGGUCUUCGAAGGCGAUAAACUCUGGUGGACGCAGGGCGUCUUCGAGUUCCGCUACCAUCACGAUGGCAAGCACAACGUCAUGGCCAUCUCGCUCCCCUUCGAAGUCCGCAUCGGCCGCUUCGACGAAGACGAUACCAUUAUCGACUCUAACAUCCUCCUACGCUCAGCAGUCGAAGACGCGCUGCUCCCUGUUGUCAGAAAUUGUUUUGACCGUGACCCCGAAAUCGCACCGAACACCAUCGAGGAGAGCUUCGGUAGCUUGGUGGAGCGAGAUGGCAAGUAUGCGAAGAGGGUCGUGUAUGCAGUGCACCAGAUGUUUGCGCUUGAAUUGGCCCCGGGUGUGGUGGCUGCGGAUGGGAACGUGAAGAAGCUGGCAUGGAGGAUCUGUGUUGCGAAGCAGGCUUUGGCUCCAUAUAGCAUGUCUCGUUCAAGAGGGACUGCCACGCCGAUUGAGGAGAAAUAG